AUAAAGUCAAUAUUUAAGUAAACUUUGUUUGACACAUAAUUUGGUAUCCAUGGUGCUCCCCGACGAAGUUUCCGCCAUCGAAAGAAUCCGAAUGCAUCUCUUGGGAGAGUCCGAGACUGAUGGCAACGCCGCUAGAACUUUCACUCCGUCCUCGGUUUCAAAGGUGGAGUGGAUCGAGUUCGGGAUCGGGAUCGGGAUCGGGAGUGAUAAUAAUAUUGAUCAUCAUCAGGAGCACUACAGAGGGGUGAGGCGGCGGCGGUGGGGGAAGUACGCGGCAGAGAUUCGCGACCCUAAGAGGCGCGGGUCGAGGGUGUGGCUGGGGACGUACGACACGGCGGUGGAGGCGGCGAGGGCUUAUGAUAGGGCGGCGUUCAGGAUGAGGGGCAGAAAGGCGAUCCUCAACUUCCCGCUGGAGGUGAAGCGGCCUUUGUAUUGCCACCCACAUCUCCUAGUGUAGAAGCACUCAUCAUUUACCAUACUUCGUUUAUCUUAAUCUCUUUUUAUUAAGAAAUAUACAAACUUCAU